AUCCCUGCCAGGAUCACGUGGUGCUCGGUAUAUGACUCGACACAGGUCAGAAUGAAUCAUCAGAGGAUGAGAGACACUCAGAGGACAUCUCAUCCCAUCUGACUGCACGCAGCGGGUCCCUGAACGCACCGCGGCUCAUCCGCUCCGGGUCCGGGUCUGCUCCGGGUCCGGGUCUUUGUCUCUCUGUCUGUACUGUCUGACCCUGCAGUGAAGGAUGCCAGAUCGCAUCUCAGUCAGUGACUUUCUGUCCGAGACCACCGAGGACUACAACUCCCCGACCACGUCCAGCUUCACCACCCGGCUGCAGAGCUGCAGGAACACCGUCAGCAUCCUGGAGGAGGUGGGCUGUCUGUCUGCCUGUCUGUCUGUCUGUCUGUCUGUCACCUGUCUGUCUGUCUGUCACCGGUCUGUCUGUCUGUCUGUCUGUCUCCAGGCUCUGGAUCAGGAUCGUUCAUCUCUCCAGAAAGUGAAGAAGUCGGUUAAAUCGAUCUACAGCUCAGGACAGGAGCAUGCUGGGAACCAGGAGCUCUUCAGUCAGGCUCUGGACAGACUGGGAGGAAGCAACUCUGAACUGGGAUCAGCCUUUAUGAAGUUCUCCUGCCUUGUUAAAGAACUCGCUGCUCUGCUCAAGAACCUGCUGCAGAGUCUGAGUCAUAACGUCGUCUUCACUCUGGACUCGCUGCUGAAAGGAGACCUGAAAGGAGUCAAAGGGGAUCUGAAGAAGCCGUUCGAUAAAGCCUGGAGGGACUAUGAGACGAAGCUCACAAAGAUCGAGAAGGAGAAAAGAGAACACGCCAAACAACACGGCAUGAUCCGGACUGAAAUCACCGGAGCUGAAGUUGCUGAAGAGAUGGAGAAAGAGAGGCGGCUGUUUCAGCUGCACAUGUGCGAGUACCUGAUCCAGGUGAAUGAGAUCAAAACGAAGAAGGGUGUGGACCUGCUGCAGAACCUCAUCAAGUAUUACCAUGCUCAGUGCAAUUUUUUCCAGGAUGGUUUGAAAACAGCUGACAAGCUGAAGCAGUACUUUGAGAACCUGGCUGCUGACCUGUUCAACAUCAAGCAGAGUCAGGAUGAGGAGAAGAAGCAGCUGACGGCGCUCAGAGAUCUCAUCAGAAGCUCCUUACACCUGGACCAGAGGGAGUCCAGGAGAGACUCUCAGAGUAAACAGAGCGGGUACAACAUGCACCAGCUGCAAGGAAACAAGGAGUUUGGCAGUGAGAAGAUGGGAUAUCUGCUGAAGAAGAGUGACGGGCUGAGGAAGGUCUGGCAGCGAAGGAAGUGCUCAGUGAAGAGCGGCGUUUUCAUGAUUUCGCAUGCUACAUCUAACAGACAGCCUGUCAGACUGAACCUGCUCACCUGUCAGGUGAAACCCAGUUCAGAGGAUAAGAAAUGUUUUGACCUCAUUUCCCAUAAUCGGACGUAUCACUUUCAGGCUGAAGACGAGUCAGAGUUUGUCAGCUGGGUGUCUGUGCUGACCAACAGUAAGGAGGAGGCCCUGAACGUGGCGUUUCAGGGCGGCAGUCAGAGCUCAGGUGUGGAGGAGGAGGAGGAGUUCACGAAGAGCAUCAUCGACGAGGUGCUGCGGUCGCCAGGCAACGACACUUGCUGUGACUGUGGAGCCACAGAUCCUCGCUGGCUCUCCACAAAUCUCGGCGUCCUGACCUGCAUCGAGUGUUCAGGGAUCCACAGAGAGAUGGGAGUCCACGUGUCCCGGAUCCAGAGCCUGGACCUGGACAAGCUGGGAACCUCCGAACUGCUGCUUGCUAGGAAUGUUGGGAACUGUAGUUUCAAUGAGAUCAUGGAGUCCAUCCUUCCGUCUGUUUCUGUGAAGCCGACAGCGUUGAGCGGCAUGGUUGUGAGGAAGGAGUUCAUCAAUGCCAAGUACAUCGAACACAGGUUCGUCAGGCAUACCAUCUCCACAGUGACCGGCAGUCUGGAUGAGGUGUACGAGGCGGUGCAGUCCAGAGACUUGCUGUCAAUCAUCCAGCUGUAUGCUGAGGGGGUGGAGCUACUGCAGCCCCUUCCUGAACCAGGCAAGGAAGCAGGAGAGACGGCAUUACAUUAUUGUGUUCGGACAGCUGAUCACUCCUCUCUCCACCUGGUCGACUUCCUGGUCCAAAACUGUGGAAACCUGGAUAGACAGACUGACAGAGGAAACACAGCUCUGCAUUACUGCUGUCUGUACAACAAACCACAGUGUGUGAAGCUGCUGCUGAGAGGAAAACCAGACAUCCACAUCACCAAUCAGAGUGGAGAGACAGUGCUGGACAUCGCCCGCAGACUGAAGAACUCCCAAUGUGAAGAACCGCUGGUGGAGGCAGUGUCCGGCAGGUUUAACCCUCACGUUCACGUUGAAUAUGAAUGGAACCUCAGACUGGACGAACUGGACGAGAGCGACGACGAACUGGAUGAAAAGCCCAGCCCGGUGAAGAAGGAGCGUUCACUCCAGCCUCAGAGUUUCUGUCGAUCCUCCAAUGUUUCCUCUCGGGAGAAGCUCUCUGUGCCAGUCUCCUCUUUGGUUCCUCCUCACAGGGACAAGCAACGUCUCUCUUACAGAGCGUUCGCCAACCCUGUCUACAGUACCUCCUCCGACAACCCUCCAUCCCCAGGGCCCGACACCUCAACACCUUUACUGGCUGCCAGCAGCCAGGAGAAAGGCCCCAUCGCCCCACCCACCUCCCUGCCCCUCACAUCUCAGGUCAGUGGAGGAGGAGGAAGCUCCACCCUGAAGAAGAAACCACCUCCACCUGGACACAAACGCGCCCUGUCAGACCCGCCCAGCCCGGUCCUGCAGGGACCGUCAGGUAAAGGAAGUGAGCUGACCUCCCCACCUGGAACCAGGACCAACAGGUUCGAGGACCUCCAGCAGCAGCAGAGUACGACCUCCAGUAAGUCCACCCUGGGACCCAGAGUCCUUCCUAAACUACCUCAGAAAGUGGCUUUAAGGAAGAUCGACACCAUCCACCUCCCCUCUGUGGACAAGCCCAGCCAACCUCCAGACCUCCUCCACAAACCUCCCCCCUCACCCUCACCCUCCCAGAAGUCUCCCCCCUUCAUUGAUGCCUCCCCUAAACCCCCCCUCACCCCAGUGGACUCCACCCAGAGAGCCCCAUUGGCUGAGAAGCCUCAGCUGUCUGACCUCCCCCCAAAACCCCUCCUCAGAUACCUCCCACCCAAACCACCACCCAGUGGCAGGCCUAGUCCCUCUGCUGUUGCUACAGAGACGCAGGGAUGCAACAUGGUGGCAGAGAGCUCAUCUGUCCUGCAGGGGGAGCUGUCACCUCGACCGGCAACUGAAGAUGUUGAUAUGUCGGCGCCUGGUGCCAUGGAGCCGCCGGUUCCUCUGCCACGUAAAAUCAACUCUGUGAAGAACAAAGUCCGACGGGUGAAAACCACCUACGACUGUCAGGCCGACAAUGAUGACGAACUGACCUUCGCAGAGGGAGAAGUCAUCAUCGUCACUGGAGAGGAGGACCAGGAGUGGUGGAUCGGACACAUCGAGGGACAGCCAGAGAGGAGAGGCGUCUUCCCCAUGUCCUUCGUUCACAACCUCAGUGAUUGACAACCACUGAGACCAGCGAGAGGCUAUCGCCCAGUAGCACAAGUCCCGCCCACCCACUAAGGUCACACAGGUGACAGUGGGCGGAGUCAGUCAGUCAGUGAGUCACCAGCUGCUGACCAAUGAGAACUUAAGCCUCAUUAAUGAUCAUCGCUGUAAAUACAUUUUAUUAUUUAAAAAAUUACCAUAGCAACCUAGCAUGCAGAUCAUAGCAACAAAGUCUACAGAGAAGGAGAGGUCACACAGGUGAGAGGUCACACAGGUGAGAGGUCACACAGGUGAGAGGACCACGCUGCCCUCUGCUGGCUGAGCAGUUCAUCACAGCAUACAAAUAGCACAAAUAUAUGAAAAGAAACACAACACCGUGAACGAGUGACCCACCAGAACCAGAACAUGGUCUACCUUCACCUGGUCCCGGUUCUCAGUGUGACUUUUCCUUCUCAUCUGACUCCUUAGACACUCAACUGUAUUUACUAUAUGUACAUGUAGAAAACAUGUGUGUGCACCCUGUAGUCUACCUGUACACACCUGUACAUGCCUGUACAUGCCUAUACACACCUGUACACACCUGUACAUGCCUGUACAUGCCUAUACACACCUGUACACACCUGUACAUGCCUAUACACACCUGUACACACCUGUACACACCUGUACAUGCCUGUACAUGCCUGUUACCUGUGUGUUUCCUUUCAGCUCAGUUUAGAAACUUCUGUUUUAGUUUAAUCCUCAAAGACUACAAUUCCCAGAGAGCACUGCUGUCAGAAUCAUCCAAUCAGAGAGUGUUACCUGUCGGCUGUAAUUUAAUCUAACAGGAAGUGAUCUGUUCAGUCAUCUCAUAUUUGUUAGCCACAGUUAGCUCAUGUUAGCUUGGUUAGCUUGAAGCUCAAACAGCAGAUGUUAUUAAAGUUAGACACGCUAAGUUAGCCACUUAGCAUAGCAUAGCGUUCUUUCAUGUCAGCGUAGCUAACAACAAGCGCUAACAUUUAGCAUGCUCAGCCAUUCAUUACUAUGAAACUAGCUCGACUGCUAACUAAAACUUAGUAUGUUUCCUGUUUCCUGUCUGUGUACAGAUGUUUGAUGACUCAUCACUUUGACGUUUAAUAAAUAAAAUAUUUAUUGCUGACUCAUUCUGGUUAGCAUGGUGGCUAACCAACACGAGGCACUGAGCUAACUAAGUAAAGAAACAUUUUACUGUGAAAAACAAACAAUAAAUCCUCUGAAUGAA